UUGCUUUAGUAGUGUAUCCUCUGCUCUGUGUCGUGACCGUGCUGAAGACUUGUUGGUGUUUAAAAUAAAAUAAAUUGGAGUUAAAGGCAACAAUGCGAGCGGUUCCUACAUGGAUAGACAAAGUGCACGACCGAGACAAAGUUGAACAAUGCAUUUAUGAUUUGGCUUUCAAACCUGACGGCACUCAGCUCAUAGUAGCAGCUGGAAACAGAGUUCUGGUUUACGACACGGCCGAUGGAACCCUUAUCCAGCCACUGAAAGGACAUAAAGACACGGUGUACUGUGUGGCCUAUGCUAAAGAUGGAAAACGUUUUGCAUCAGGAUCGGCAGACAAGAGCAUCAUCAUUUGGACCUCUAAACUGGAAGGAAUUCUCAAAUACACCACUUUUUCUGUGUCUCACAGACACAAUGACUCCAUCCAGUGUGUUGCAUACAACCCUGUCACGCACCAACUGGCAUCCUGCUCCUCGGGAGACUUUGGUCUUUGGUCUCCAGAACAGAAAUCGGUGUCCAAGCACAAAGUCAGCAGCAAGAUCACUUGUUGUGGUUGGACGAACGAUGGCCAGUAUCUGGCUCUGGGGAUGAUGAGUGGUGUGGUGAGCAUCAGGAACAAGAACGGAGAGGAGAAGGUGAAAAUCGAGCGGCCGGGUGGCACGUCAUCGCCUGUUUGGUCGAUCGCCUGGAACCCUUCCAAGGAUGAACACCAUGAUAUCUUGGCGGUGGCUGAUUGGGGUCAAAGACUGUCCUUCUACCAGCUCAGUGGGAAACAGAUCGGGAAGGACAGACAGUUGAACUUUGACCCCUGCUGCGUGAGCUAUUUCUCGAAAGGCGAAUACAUCGUGAUGGGAGGCUCAGACAAGCAGGUAUCCCUCUACACUAAAGACGGCGUGCGUCUCGGGACCAUCGGAGAGCAGAACUCCUGGGUCUGGACCUGCAGGGUUAAACCAGACUCUAACUACGUGGUGGUGGGUUGUCAGGAUGGCACUAUAGCAUUCUUCCAGCUGAUUUUCAGCACAGUGCACGGUCUCUAUAAGGACCGCUACGCCUACAGAGAUAGCAUGACUGAUGUCAUCGUCCAACACCUCAUCACUGAGCAGAAAGUGCGCAUAAAAUGUCGUGAGCUCGUGAAAAAGAUCGCCAUUUACCGCAGCCGACUAGCCAUCCAGCUACCAGAGAAGAUUCUGAUUUAUGAGCUGAGUUCAGAUGACUCUUCUGAUAUGCACUACCGCAUCAAAGAGAAAAUCUGCCGGCGCUUUGAGUGUAACCUACUCGUCGUCUGCUCCCAGCACAUCAUCCUUUGUCAGGAGAAGAGACUACAGUGUUUGUCGUUUAGUAGUGUGAAAGAGAAGGAAUGGAUCAUGGAGUCUCUGAUUCGCUACAUCAAAGUGAUCGGUGGCCCACCAGGAAGGGAGGGACUUCUGGUCGGCCUCAAAAACGGAGCAAUUUUGAAGAUCUUUGUGGAUAACCCAUUCCCUAUCACACUGCUGAAGCAGAACACAUCUGUGCGCUGCUUGGACAUGAGCACAUCUCGCAGUAAGCUGGCCGUCGUGGACGAGCACAACACCUGCCUGGUCUACGACAUCCAGACCAAAGAGCUGCUUUUCCAGGAGCCCAAUGCAAACAGCGUGGCCUGGAACACACAGUGUGAGGACAUGCUGUGCUUCUCAGGCAGUGGCUACCUAAACAUCAAGGCGAGUAAUUUCCCCGUGCACCAGCAGAAGCUUCAGGGCUUUGUCGUGGGCUACAACGGCUCAAAGAUCUUCUGCCUGCACGUCUACUCCAUGGCUGCGGUAGAGGUGCCUCAGUCAGCUCCGAUGUACCAGUAUCUGGAGAGACGGAUGUUUAAGGAAGCUUAUCAGAUCGCUUGCCUGGGCGUGACGGACAGUGACUGGAGGGAUCUGGCUACAGAAGCGCUGGAAGGACUGGACUUUGACACAGCCAAAAAGGCGUUUAUCAGAGUCCGAGACCUGCGAUACCUUGAGCUCAUCAACAGCAUUGAAGAGAGGAAGAAGAGAGGUGAGAACAACAGCGAUCUCUUUCAAGCAGACGUCUACGCUUACCAGGGCAAAUUCCACGAAGCCGCCAAGCUCUAUAAGAGAAGUGGCCAUGACAACAGAGCACUCACCAUGUAUACAGACCUGCGUAUGUUUGAGUAUGCCAAGGACUUCCUGGCUUCAGCAGACCCUAAAGACACAAAGCUGCUGAUGAAGAAGCAGGCGGACUGGGCUAAGAACAGUAAAGAGCCACGUGCUGCCGCUGACAUGUAUCUCAGCGCAGGAGAGAACAUGAAGGCCAUUGAGAUCAUUGGAGAGCACGGCUGGGUGGACAUGUUGAUAGAUUUGGCACGGAAGCUCGAUAAAGCGGAGCGCGAGCCAUUGGCCAGGUGCGCCGAAUUCUUCCAGAAGUUGAAUCACCAUGGUUACUCAGCUGAGACCUACUCCAAAAUGGGCGACCUGAAAGCCCUGGUGCAGCUCCACGUAGAGGCCAGGCACUGGGAUGAGGCUUUCUCUCUGGUCGAGAAGCAUCCUCAGUAUAAGGACGAUUUGUAUGUUCCGUAUGCUCAGUGGCUUGCUGAGAACGACCGCUUCGAGGAGGCCCAGAAAGCUUUCCACAAGGCUGGCCAGCAAGCAGAGGCUGUAAAGGUUUUGGAACAGCUUACCCACAAUGCUGUUGUGGAGAGCAGAUUCAACGAUGCAUCAUACUACUACUGGAUGCUGUCCAUGCAGUGUCUGGAUAUAGCACGAGAUAAUGAGGAGAAGAGGGAGGAGAUGUUGAAGAAGUUCCACAGUUUUCAGCAUUUGGCUGAGCUGUAUCAUGUCUAUCACUCCAUUCAUCGCUACAUGGUUGAGCCCUUCAGUUCAAACAUGCCAGAGACUCUCUUCAACCUCUCAAGAUUCCUUUUCCACAACUUGACCAAAGAUAUUCCUCUGGGCAUCUCUAAAGUCUAUACUCUGUAUGCAUUGGCUAAGCAGAGUAAGGCACUGGGGGCCUAUAAGGUGGCGCGGCAUGCCUUUGAGAAACUCCAGGGCCUGAAGAUCCCAGCUCAAUUCCAGGAGAGCAUGGAGCUCAGCUCGCUCACUGUCCGUUCCAAACCCUACCGUGACAGUGAGGAUUUAAUUCCAAUGUGUUACCGCUGUUCCACCCACAAUCCGCUGCUGAACAACCAGGGCAACGCCUGUGUCAACUGCAGACAACCGUUUAUUUACUCCGCCUCCUCUUAUGAAGUCCUUCCCUUGGUGGAGUUCUAUCUAGAGGAAGGGAUCACAGAUGAGGAAGCAGUAUCUCUGAUUGACCUGGAAGUUCCUCGAGCGGACAAGAAGACACCCCGCUGGCAGGAAAUGAACAGAAGCGAUAGUCAGUUGCUAAGGCUGGAUGAUGAUGUUGAACAUCCUGAAGAAGAUCCCUUUAUGGCCAAACUGAGUUUCGAGCAGGGGGGCAGUGAGUUUGUUCCAGUUGUGGUCAGUCGUGCAGUGUUGAGCUCCAUGUCUAGAAGAGAUGUUUUGAUAAAGCGCUGGCCCAAGCCUCUGCGCUGGCAGUACUACCGCUCUCUACUGCCGGAUGUCAGCAUCACCAUGUGCCCCUCUUGCUUUCAGAUGUUCCACAGUGAAGAUUACGAACUAUUGGUUCUCCAGCACAAUUGUUGUCCUUACUGUCGCCGACCCAUCGACGAGCCCAACUAGCUCACCCGAAUGGACUUGGUGCAUUAUAUAUUGGUUUGGUAUUUAUAGGGUCUAUGGAUUAGCCCAAGCUGAAUGCCUAUGAGCCUUCACGAGAGAUUUGCAUCAGUAAGUAUAUAUGUUUACGGUGGCAGCAUUAACGUUGGCGAUGAUCCUCGAGCCAGAAGGAAAGCGCCACCUCAGCCGAUAGCUCUGAUAGGAUUAAAGAGAUCAGAAUACUCAGCCUGGGAAAGGCGAUUACAGCAUUUGGAAAUGGCUGGAGCGUGCAAGAUGACACUUAAAGCUAGACUGCCUUUCAGAUUUUUCAAGUAUAGGUCAUAAAAAGAAUUUUACCCCGACAGUUAAUUAUUUUUGUUUAGUGGACCGAAAGCUACAGAAUUCGAAUCGCAGGCUUCCAAUUUUAUUUAUAAAUAGAACUAUUAAUGAAUUUAAGGCCACAUGGCCCUAAAUUCUCCACUAUUUUUUCCUGCUUCACCAUGACCCAGUUCAAGAUGCUACGUCAUGCAUGACGUGGUGGGCUUUCCCGGUUUGCGCAAGGCAUUGUGGGAUACAAAUUUGAAACAGGAGAGAAAAAUGGAGGACGUGAGUGUGCGAAUGAAACGUGAAAGACCGACGACAGUAACGGGAAGAAAAGACGUGGUGAUAUAUACGAAGGAAAGGAAACGCAGGACCAAGCUAAUAAAUAUCGGCGCUCAGCGAGCACCUCGGUGUGAUCAGCUGUUCAUUUAGCGACAGAAUGAUGGAACUGUCAAUGCACGGUCAAAGGUAAACCUGCGCAUGCGCAGCACACGGACUUCCUCUGUCUGCUUGACUGCGCGACAUGAGUGAUUUUAUGCACGUUAUUUGCUCAGGAAUCUCUUCAAAUUAAAUAACUUCCCAGCCACAGAACGACCUGAUAUUUUGUAAGAUAUUACAGAAAUAUAGAUCACAAUGAGCAAAUUUCAGAGGGAAAUCAAUUUCACCGAUUUAAUGAACUCGAAAGGCCGUCUAGCUUUAAACCUUUUUUUUUUUUUAAAGCAUCUCUAGAACUAUUAAUUGACUUGCUUUUGGAUUAUAAUGGGGAAAAAUUCCAGAACAUUCCAUAGACUAUAUAUUUUGUUGUUCUUCUGAGGAAGUCAUUGUUUUUAUAUCAUCAUUGUAAUACUUUGAUAAUUUAUUCAUUUGCAAUAAAUGUUUAAGAUGUA